AUGAGUUCACAUAAAGUUAUAAUAUUAACAGGAGCUAAUUCAGGUUUAGGUUAUGAAGCUCUCAGACAAAUGCUAAAACAUCCAACUCCUUAUCAUUUUAUUUUACCAGUUCGUAAUAUCGAUAGUUCUCAACAAUCAAUCUCACAACUAAAAGUUCCUGAUCAUCACAAGAUUGAAUUAUUUCAACUAGAUUUGGAAUCAUUCGAGUCAGUUAAAUCUUUUGCAAGUGAAUUUUUAUUACGUUCACCAGCUUUACCAAUAAAUCGUCUGAUUCUUAACGCUGGAGCAGUUUUUAAAUCUUUGAGAAAAAGUGUCGACGGAUUAGAAUCAACAUUUCAAAUCAACCAUUUAUCUAAUUUUCUAUUAAUAGAUUUAUUAAUUGAUCGUAUGUUAAAUUCAGGAGACGAUGUUAGGAUAGUGUUAGUUAAUAGUUCGUUACACAUAAAAGGUACUGGAGCAGGUGAAGGACCAAAUUUAGAGUAUGACAAUUUGGAUGGGAGUAAAGUUUAUGACGGAUUAUUAUUCUAUAAGAAUUCUAAAUUGUCACAAAUGUUAUUUUGUUAUCAACUUGAUAAAAUCUUGAAAGCGAAGGAAGUGAAAAAUAUUUCUGUUAUUGCACUAAGUCCUGGUUUUGUCCCUACAACUGGAUUAACUAGAGAUACUGCCUUUUUUAAAAAAUUAAUAUUGCAUUAUAUUUUUCCAUAUCUUCCUUUCACGAGGACUCCUGAACAGCCUAAAUUUAUUCCUCAAUUUAUUAGACUUCAAAAGGUCAAUGGUUACGAUAUUGUGACCGGCACAAGAUAUGCUGAUGGAGGUGGCGUUUAUGGAUGGGAUCUUAGACGAAAGAUAAUAAGUCGAGGUGCAAAUUAUCUUGCUUCUACAUUAUUGCGACCUGGUGUUUCAGAUCUUACAGGCAGCUUUAGGUUAUACAAAAAAGAAGUAUUGGAACAAAUAAUUUCUUCGGUUGUCUCGAAAGGUUACGUAUUCCAAAUGGAAAUGAUGGUAAGGGCUAGACAUUUGGGUUAUACAAUAGGAGAAAUUCCAAUUACGUUUGUUGAUAGAGUUUAUGGUGAAAGCAAAAUGGGCGCAAAUGAGAUUGUACAAUAUGCUAAAGGUGUUUGGCAAUUGGUAAGUAAUUCUAUAAAAAAGGAUAAUGAUGAUGAUGAAAUUGGUGAUGUGAAAUUUAUUGUUAUUGAAUUUUAUAUUUUAGAAUAA